GAUUGUGUAUACCCAUUAAUCUCUCUCUCUUUCUCUCUCAAGUCUAAGUCUCUUUAACACACCAUUCCACACUCGCUCCUCCCAAAUUACCAUCUUUUUUAAGAAUUUUGCAUCAAGAUCUGAAUUGGGUUCAUCUCCAUCUCUAGUAGGUCAAAUUCUAUCAUUCAUACCAGUUGUAGAGAUCUGACAGUCCAGCUCUGUCUGUCAAAACAUUGUCAUAGCGUAACUCACAAGCAAAAAUCAAACCCAUUCGUGUUCUUUUCGCAAAGCCAACACACACACACACAAAACACCUAUAUAUCAAUGCACAUACACUAGUAGUGACACACACCACUCAAUCAAACACACCAACCCAACUCAACCCAUCACAGUUUAGUCUCUCAAUUGCUAAACCCAUCAAUGGAAAGGCUAUCCUCCUCAGAAGCCAUUUUUUCAACAGACAGGUUUGGCGGCGGUGACAUGGCGGGGCAGAUUGGGAUGGUGUGGGAGCAGGCAAAGGUGCCAUUGUUGGUGCCAUUGCUGAGGUUGAUAGUUGGGGUGUGUUUGGCAAUGUCUGUGAUGUUGUUUGUGGAGAGAGUUUAUAUGGGUCUUGUUAUGUGUUUUUUAAAGUUGUUUCGGAGAAAGCCUCAGAAGCAGUAUAAGUGGGAGGCAAUGAAGGAAGAUGUGGAGCUUGGCAGUGAAGUUUAUCCUAUGGUUCUUGUUCAAAUUCCCAUGUAUAAUGAGAAAGAGGUUUAUCAGCUAUCUAUUGGAGCUGCAUGUGGGCUUUCGUGGCCGUCCGAUCGCAUCAUAAUUCAAGUUCUUGACGAUUCAACUGACCCUGCCAUCAAGGACAUGGUGGAGGUGGAGUGUAGGAGGUGGGCAAGCAAAGGGAUAAACAUAAAGUAUGAGAUAAGAGACAACAGGAAUGGGUACAAAGCUGGGGCCCUGAAGGAAGGAAUGAAGCACAGCUAUGUGAAACAAUGUGACUAUGUCGCCAUCUUUGAUGCUGAUUUCCAACCCGAACCUGAUUUCUUGUUCCGCUCCAUUCCUUUUCUUCUUCACAAUCCUGACAUUGCCCUUGUUCAAGCUCGCUGGAAAUUUGUGAAUUCUGAUGAGUGUUUGAUGACAAGAAUGCAAGAGAUGUCUCUGAAUUACCAUUUUACAGUUGAGCAAGAAGUCGGUUCUGCUACCUAUGCCUUCUUUGGCUUCAAUGGGACAGCAGGUGUAUGGAGAAUAUCGGCACUGAAUGAGGCGGGAGGAUGGAAGGACAGGACAACGGUGGAGGAUAUGGAUCUGGCCGUCCGAGCUGGUCUUAAAGGCUGGAAGUUUGUUUAUAUUGGUGACCUCAAGGUGAAAAAUGAGCUGCCAAGUACUUUCAAAGCCUACCGGUAUCAGCAGCACCGGUGGUCCUGUGGCCCUGCCAAUCUUUUCAAAAAAAUGGCAAUGGAAAUCGUAAGAAACAAGAAAGUCUCUCUCAGAAAGAAGCUUUAUGUGAUCUACAGUUUCUUCUUCGUUAGGAAGAUCGUUGCCCAUCUCGUCACAUUCAUCUUUUACUGUGUAGUUAUGCCUGCAACCGUGUUGUUUCCUGAAGUCGAAGUUCCCAAAUGGGGAGCUGUUUACAUUCCUUCUACUAUUACUCUCCUCAAUGCUGUUGGAACUCCACGGUCACUGCAUUUGCUGGUUUUUUGGGUUCUUUUUGAGAAUGUCAUGUCUUUGCACCGAACCAAGGCAACAUUCAUAGGGCUGCUCGAUGCAGGGAGAGUUAACGAAUGGGUUGUCACCGAGAAAUUGGGGGAUGCUCUCAAGACGAAAGCUUUUUCCAAAGCUUCCAAAAAACCCCGAAUCAGGAUAGGAGAAAGAACGCAUAUUUUAGAGCUAGUGGUUGGAAUCUAUCUCUUCAUCUGCGGAUGCUAUGAUGCUGCUUAUGGAAAAAACCGCUAUUUCAUCUACCUCUUCCUCCAAUCCAUGGCGUUCUUCGUUGCAGGAUUUGGUUAUGUUGGCACGUUUGUCCCCAGCUCUUAACCGGACCCCCUUGGAACAUAAAAAAUGUUUUUAGGAAGCAUUUUCAAGUCAAAUUAUUUAUCGGUCUAGAUUCUUGAAACAAAGGGUGUUGAAAACUAGAAAUGGUAUCAUAGAAAGAAGGGCUUUCGCUAGUAAAUUAUAUGUGGAGAUGAGAGAAGAAAUGAAUACGAGAGAGAGAGAGAGAGAUGCAGAUUAUGGGCUUAUGAUCGGUGAUGUAAAAUCAUUGUAUUGGUUGUUUGUAAUUGUAGUUUGUUUUUGUUGUUUUGAGAUGAAUAAAAUGGUAAAUUGAAAUCAGAAGUUUUUAUAUUUU